AAAAGUUCUUGUGUUCCCAAGAAAUAGAUUCACUUCUUCUAGCUCACAUAAUUUUGUAAGCCCAUACCUUACAAAAGAAAAAAAAAAACAGAAGAAUCGAUAAGCGCAUACGUCAGCACUAGCCUAAGCGCAUACGUCAGCACUAGUCACAGGGUGUUAAGAAUCGAAAAGGCUAGAUAAUCCUGCUGUGCUGUUACAUUUACCUUUUCCUAUAAAUAUAUAUAACCAAGUAAUUGCUAAGGGAAAUAAUUUAAACCUCUUUUUUCCUAAUUUAUUCAUCCUUUAAUUAUCUCCCCAUUUUGUAACGCUAGUUCCUCCUCUAUAUAUUUACUCACAUUGUUUUCACAACUGAGAGAAAAAAAAAAUCAAACAUAAACUUUGGAUCCAAACAAUGACAAAGUCCUACGAAGAAGAGCAUGCCAAGGAGGCCUUUGGUUGGGCUGCAAGAGAUUCAUCUGGAGUCCUUUCUCCCUUCCAUUUCUCAAGAAGAGAAAACGGAGAGAAAGAUGUUACAUUCAAAGUGUUGUAUUGUGGAAUAUGCCACUCUGAUUUGCAUAUGGUCAAGAAUGAAUGGGGAAAUUCCACCUACCCUCUUGUGCCUGGGCACGAGAUUGUUGGUGUAGUGACAGAGGUGGGAAGCAAAGUGGAGAAGUACAAAGUUGGUGACAAGGUUGGCGUGGGUUGCAUGGUUGGCUCUUGUCGCUCAUGCGACAGUUGCGCCAAUGAUCUUGAGAAUUACUGCCCAAACAUGAUUCUCACUUAUGCCUCCAAAUACUACGACGGAACCACCACCUAUGGCGGUUACUCCAACGUCAUGGUGGCCGACGAGCAUUUCAUCGUUCGCAUUCCGGAUACCUUACCUCUCGAUGCUGCAGCUCCUCUCCUCUGUGCUGGGAUCACAGUGUACAGUCCCUUGAAAUACUUUGGACUCGAUAAGCCUGGUCUUCAUGUUGGGAUCGUUGGCUUAGGUGGGCUAGGCCACGUGGCUGUCAAAUUUGCCAAGGCUCUCGGGGCUAAGGUCACUGUCAUUAGUACCUCCCCAAAUAAGAGGCAAGAAGCUAUUGAAAGCCUUGGUGCUGACUCAUUCUUGGUUAGCCGUGACCAAGAACAAAUGAAGGCUGCCAUAGGAAGCAUGGAUGGUAUUAUUGAUACGGUUUCUGCUGUCCAUCCUCUGCUACCUUUGAUUGGUCUUUUGAAGCCUCAUGGAAAGCUUAUUAUGGUUGGUGCUCCGGAGAAACCACUUGAGCUACCAGUUUUUCCUUUGCUAAUGGGGAGAAAGAUAAUCGGUGGAAGUUGCAUUGGAGGGAUGAAGGAAACACAAGAAAUGAUUGACCUUGCAGCCAAACACAACAUCACAGCUGAGAUUGAGGUUAUUCCUAUUGAUUAUGUGAACACAGCAAUGGAGCGCCUUGCCAAAGCAGAUGUUAGAUACCGUUUUGUGAUCGACGUUGCAAACACAAUGAAGCCAGCUGAUAGUUCUUCAUAAGCUUAUUUUAUAUUCAUGUAUUUGUUUUGACUAUGCUUAUUACUCACUGGUGUAUGGGACUCCAUUAGAAACCACCAAUUUCGGCUUAAGUGUCUUUAUUUUGGUUUUUGCAAACAUUUCUUGGGUUUUGGAUAAACAUUGUGGAAUAAAACGUAAGCAAUUUACAUGAA